AUGUCGAACAUUGCACACAAAGUCAAGGACGCCAUUACAGGCCAUCAUUCCGAGACAAAGCCUUCUUCCCACGAAUCCACCGUUCCCGCCGACAACUAUGGCUCUGGCACCUACCACGAUUCCAAGAAGGGCCCGAUUGAUGUUGGCUCUGGACCUGUGCCUGUAACUCACGGUGCUAGCCACAACACCUAUGGAUCUGGUGUCGCUGGCGGCUCGACCAACAUCAACGCUGGUCCCCAUGACUCGAAGCUGGCCAACAAGCUAGACCCUCGCGUUGACAGCGACUUUGACAACCGCGGAACCCACGGCGCAAGCACCGGCGACGCGCAGUACGGUGCUGGCUCCAACACUUACGGAUCCGGUACUACUGGUCACGGCUCGAGCAACAUCCCUGGCAGUGGCCUUGAUACUCGUGGCACUUAUGGCUCCAGCACUGGCACUGGAACCUACGGUGCCGGCUCGAACACCUAUGGAUCUGACACAACUGGCUACGGUUCCGGCAACAUCAAUGCCGGCCCGCAUGACUCCAAGCUCGCAAACAAGGCGGAUCCUCGCAUCGAUAGUGACCUUGACAACCGUGGAACCCACGGCGGACUGACCGGUUCUCACCACACCGGUGGCGGCGCCGACAAUACUGUUUCAAGCCACACUGCUCCCACCGGAGCGACCGGCAGCUAUGGUUCGACCUACGGUACUCCUGGCGGUACUACUGGUGGCAUGGCCUAUGGUGGUGGUACACAGGGAUACAACACGCGCUCGACCAACACUGGCCCUCAGGACACUGGACUCCACAGCAAUGCUCAGCAGCCGGGCUUUGGGGGGAAUGCAGCAGGUAGCAGCAGCUACAAUCAGCCUGCCGGAACUGGCAACACCAAGACCUCUGGACCCCACAAGUCUGACAUUCUGAACAAGCUGGACCCUCGCGUCGACAGCUCUGACACCAAAAACACUGCCAGCCACCAGCGACAGUACUAA